ACGUCUACAGUCACGUGACGCCUAGCUCAGCUAUAUCCACACCCAGAGCUGCUUCACUCGUGUUCACAAGACUUUUCACAGACUUCAACAGACAUGGCCAUGUCGGCUCUCCUGUUGUGUGUGGCAGUCACCACUGGUCUUCAGUGUGUCCAGAGUGCAGUGACCCCCUCUAUACCACCUCCACCAUCUUCAAUCUCAUUGUCCACGUCAUCGUUUGCAUCGUCGCUGUACAAGCGCCUGGCAUCUGACAACGAGGACAACAUCGUCUUCUCCCCGAUCAGCGUGUACCAUGUCUUGGCCAUCAAUCUGAUGAACUCAGGGGGCGAAACGGAGGAGGAACUGAGGACAGCACUGGCCGUACAACCUGGUCAGAACAUUAGCGGUGACAUCUACACCCUCUUGACCACUACCACAACGGAUGACCCGGCCAAUAACCUCACGGUGACCAUGUUGAAUGCUAUGUAUCAUCCUCCCACCCGCUACUUCAUAUCAUUUAGUUACUCAGAUAACGCCGAGGAUGUCCAGGAGAUGGAGUUUUUAAAGAACGAGAUAUCUAACCCGGAACAGGUCGUUAAUAACUGGAUAGAGAAUGUGACAGAGGGCGCCAUCACCAACUUCCUGCCUCCUGGCGCCCUCACACCUGAUAUUUACUUGGUGAUCCUCAGCGCCCUGCUCUUCGAGGCUCCUUGGGUGACCCCAUUCAGGUCAGAUGUUACCAUGGAUAAAGACUUUACAACCAUUUCCGGUACUGUGAAGCAGGUGCCAUUGAUGUAUCAAAUAAGCAGCUUCUCCGUGAAGAACGUUCCGGAACUGGACGCGCGCGUCCUGGAACUUCCGUACAAGGGAGGCAACUACAGCCUUUACAUAAUUUUGCCCAACACCAAGACCGGCUUGACGGAAGUGGAGAGCCAGCUGACUGGCCAGAUACUGGAAGAAGCCUUGACGUCCAUGCCUGUCCCACAAUACCGCCAAGUGUACAUACCCAAGUUCUCUUUGCGCAUGCGUAGUGACUUGAAGGAGCCGCUGGAGGCGCUGGGUAUCAACGCCAUGUUUGAUAUUUCGAGGGCCAACCUCACCGGCGAUGCGGUCAGCAAGGUUCUUCACGAAGCCAUGAUUGAGGUCAGAGAAUCAGGAACUAAAGCCGCUGGCGUCACCUCCGCUGGUUAUGUUCCGGUCUUUCCCUCUCCUCACCAGAUCGCAGCGCCAUCUUCCAGGCCGACCAUCCCUUCCUCUUCGUUUUGCGCGACAAGUUUCACGGGGUCAACUUCGUCAUGGGUCGUGUGACUGACCCCUCAGCAGCCGACAAUUAAGAUUGCACCAUGUAAUCUCGACUGGUUUCAUUUUAUGGAUUUGAUUACUUAUUAAAGUUCUUCAAAUCUGAUGUUGAACAAUGGCCUAAAGUUUCA